AUGUCGAUCGUCGUACCCAAAGCACUCCAAUUCAGAUUCUUCUCCGAUGAAGAAGUAGAUAAAUUAUCAGUUUUGGAGAUUAACAAUCCUAUAGGCCAUGAUGAUUUCCAAAACCCUGUUCGGGGUGGUCUAUAUGAUCCACGAAUGGGUUUGCGAGAUAAUGAUAGCCCGAUAGCUCGGUGCGAAACGUGUGGCCUGAACCACAACAUUUGUCCAGGCCAUUUUGGACAUAUAGUGCUUCCACAACCUGUGUUUAACGUUUUAUUGUCAUCAGAAAUUACUCAUGUACUCAAAUUAUGCUGCCCUUUUUGCGAAAAGUUACAUCUUGCUCCCGAAGACAAGACAAUAUUCUAUUUGGUGCUGAGGCUUCUUGAUUGUGGCCUAACCUCAGAGGCAAUGGAACUAUUAGAGUCUCCUUUCUUGUUUUUGAAAAAGUAUAACUUGGACCAACAUGUAAUGGAAGAGGACAACGACGAUGACGAAGAGGAAGAAGAUGAAGGAAAUGAGAAGAAGAAAAAGAAGAAGAAGAAAAAGCAACACAUCAAAGAAAUUGAGCAAAGCCAAUAUUCUUUUGAGGAGGACAAUCCAAAACUUGUCAAAAUUACUCAUCGUCUUAUUGCAAAACAACUUGAAAAUGAAAACGUUCUCCAUGAACAUCAACUUCAUGAGAGAUUUAAAAGCGAUGAAAUUUGUUUUGACACGAAACAACAAAUCAAGGACAAGAUAGCAAAGAGCUACUCGAUUGGAUUCCAUGAAUAUACUGUUAACAACGUUGAAUUUUACAAGGCAGUUAAGGAAUGGCUAGGCAAAUGCAUUCACAAAAAGUACUUGGAUCCUCAGCUCUUUGAUGAUGUGGACUUGGAUGUCAAUGUUCAAAAGAGACGAGCUGAAAAGCCUUUCUGUCUGUCAAAGAAUCUACAUUCAAUGACUUCUAAGGUUCUGAUAGAUUCACCAACGCUGUUUUACAACUAUCUUCACACAGAUGAAAUUGUUGAUAUGCUUGAUCGAAUUUAUACUAAUGGUAUUAGCACAGCAACACAAAAAAUCGUUUUCAGGGGUGAGGACAACGAAGAACACGAACUAAACGAAACCGUAAUUGAAUGCAUCAAGAGUAACAGUAUUCGAUUUAUGGAUUCUUAUAUUUUGCACUCACUCUUUGGCGAUUCUCCUUCCAGAAUGUUUAUCAGUAAGAUGCUAGUAAUGCCAGUUCGUUUUAGACCAAUUUCAGCAAUUACAGUUGCAGCCAAAGAAGAUGGCAGAUCCAUGGUCACUUACGUCAGGACAGAUAUUGACAAUCAUUAUUUGAACGUCUUAAAAACUAAAAGACUGUAUGAAGAAAUUGAAUCCAAAGUAGGAACAGUAGAGGCAAGAGCCGACAACACAGCGGUUGCAGUAUUGAGAGCUUUGCAAUGCUAUGUGAAUGACAUGAUGGACAGCACCAGCAAUACAUCCUCAGGCUCAAACAGAUUCUACUCUACACUCUUGAAGAAGAAGAAAGCUACUACUGUCACUAACCGUGGUAUGAAACAAUUACUUGAUAAGAAAGAAGGUUUACUCAGACAAUCUAUGAUGGGUAAACGAGUGAACUACAGUGCUCGUACCGUUAUUUUGCCUGAUGUGUCAAUGGAUUGUAAUGAGGUUAGCUUCCCUGCAAUGUUUGCUAAAAAGAUGUCUUACAUGGAAACAGUGACCAACUUUAAUAUUCAGAAAAUGAGAGAACUAGUGAUUAAUGGUGCCAAGCAAUAUCCUGGAGCGAAUAUUAUUUGCAAGAGUGGCAAAAAUCAAGCAGAUGCAGCAAACGCUGUGAGUCCAUAUACCCGAGCACCACUCUACAUUCAAUUGUCAGUCAUCAAAUCCAAGAAGCAACGAAUUGCUUUGGCCAAUCAAUUACAAAUUGGAGAUAUCGUUUAUCGUCACUUGCAAGAUGGAGACAUGUUGCUCAUGAACAGACAACCUACUCUUCACAGACCAAGUAUUAUGGCCCACAAAGCUCGUGUCAUUGCUAAUCAACGUGUUUUGCGUCUCCACUAUGCCAGUUGUAAAUCUUUCAAUGCAGACUUUGAUGGUGACGAAAUGAAUGCUCACUUCCCACAAAACCCAAUUGCUCAAAGUGAGGCUCGACAACUCAUGGCUGCUCACUUAUCUUUCUGUACUCCAACAAGUGGUGAACCAUUGCGUGGAUUGAUUCAAGAUCAUGUUUCAUCUGCUGUCUUACUUACACUUAAGGAUAACUUUUUGUCACGAGAGGACUAUCAAGAAAUUCUUUACAGUGCAAAUGUGUUUGGUGUCAAUGAAGUCAUUCAAUUAGAACCUCCAACCAUUUUGAAACCAAAACCUCUUUGGACAGGUAAACAGGUGAUCACAUCUCUGUUGAAGCAUGUUGCUAAGCGAUGCACUCCUGCAGGACAACCCAUUUACGGAGUUAACCUUGAUUGUAGAACCAAAGUCAAGGGUUCAGUUUGGGGAGGUCACUCCGAAGAGGGUACCGUCAUUAUUAGAGAUAAUGAGCUGCUGACUGGUAUUUUCGACAAGUCGCAAGUGGGUUCCUCAAAAUAUGGUAUUUUGCACGCAUUUGAUGAAUGUUAUGGUAACGAGGCCAGUAAUAUGCUCAUUUCUUGUUUUUCAAGAAUGUUAACGUUCUACUUGCAAUAUUUUUCUAUCAGUUGUGGUAUUGAUGAUUGUCUUCUUUCCAAGACCGGAGAAGAGAGCAGAAAAUCUAGUUUGACCCAAUCUAAUGAGGCAUGCCACCACGCAACAGCAUCUUUCUGUGGACUUUCCAAGAAGAAAGAAGUCAACCAAUACGAUCAUGAUAAGGUUAAGGAGUUUUUGGCUAAACACAUGAUCAAUCCAUCUAUCACUCAACAAACUGGAGAAAUUAUUAACGAAAAGAUUGUUCGCAAACUGGAUUCUGCUGUUAAGAAGAACAUCAACAAAUUUACUACAAAGGCCAUCAACGAUGCCAUUCCAAUGGGUCAGUACAAGGCAUUCCCAUACAAUAUGCUGUCUCUCAUGACUGAAACAGGUGCUAAAGGAUCAAUGGUUAACUCUUCUCAAAUUGCUGUUUGUUUAGGUCUACAAGAAUUUGAAGGCAAACGAGUGUCCGUUCAACCAAAAAGUGGUAGAACUCUUCCAUCCUUUGACUCGUUUGAUUCCAGCAAUAUUGCUAACGGCUAUGUGGCAAGCAGAUUCUUGACAGGUAUUAAACCACAAGAAUUCUUCUUCCACUGUAUGGCAGGAAGAGAUGGUCUCAUUGAUACUGCUGUUAAAACAGCUCGUAGCGGUUAUUUACAACGAUGUCUAAUUAAGCACUUGGAAGAUAUUUCUAUUCAAUAUGAUGGUACAGUCAGAAACUCAAAUAAGACUGUUCUUCAAUUCUCCUACGGUGGUGACAACAUUGAUCCAAUCAAAACUGGUUACAUGAAUCAAUUCGACUUUAUGAGAAUGAACGAUAAAUUACUUUCUCAAAGAUACAGAGAGGAAUCAGCAUUGGAAUACACCAAAGAUGUGAAAGAAUGGCAAGAAAAGGCAAAGAACAUGAAAUCAACCGUGUAUAAGGGAGACUAUGUUGCUGUUGAAAAUCCAUGGAAUUACUUUGGUGCUGUGUCAGAAUCGUUCCAAACUAAGCUUGACAAGUACAUUGAAACAACAAAGAAAACUACUCUCACUGAUACUACAAAGAAGUUCUCUCCAGAGAGAAUUAAAAGAUUGGCCUAUUUGAAGUAUUUAAGAAGCUUGGCAAAUCCAGGAGAGGCGGUUGGUAUUCUUUCAGCACAAUCUAUUGGUGAGCCUUCCACACAAAUGACUUUGAAUACUUUCCACUUUGCUGGUUUAGAUAUGGCCCACGUGACUGUCGGUAUUCCUAGAUUGGUUGAAUUGUUCAUGAGAGGUACUACUCGAGUGCUCACAAUGACGGUUCCUGUAAAGAAAGAAUGUGCUCAAUAUGAAGUUGAAAAGAUUUAUCAAUAUGCGGAUAGCAUCUCGAAGCUACCAUUCUUUAGAGUUUUGACUGAUAUGGACAUUCAAGAAGAAUUUAAAUUCACUGCUGAUGUGAAACAAAAACAAAUCUCAGUGACGCUUUAUUUUGAUAUGAAAGAUAUUACUCAAUAUUACCAAAUUUCUAAGGAACUUUUUGAGAAGAAAGUUAAAACAUUACUCAUUCUCUUAACAGCUAAGAUUAUUUUCCCAAAGAAGUUGUUAUAUGCUAGAAUGAGAUCCAUGCUGGCUAAAGUAGCAAGCUUUGCUGGACAUGGAAUUUCUAAUACUUCUGAGGCGUCAGAAUCAGCAGAAAAUGCUGGUGAUGAAGAGAAAUCAAACAACAAGAAAGACAAGUCUGCAAUGGAUGCAUUUUCAGGUACAGACACUGAGGCCAUCUUAAAAGAAGUCAACGAUGAGGGCAACCAAAGUAGCGACAAGUCAAAACAGAAAAAGAAGAAAAAGAAGAACGAUGACGAAGAUGACGAGGAGGAAGACACCCAGAGGACCUCGAUGAAGAAAAUUCAAAGAAAGGCAAGAAGGGAUGCUCUUGGUGCCUUUGAAGUGUACGAUAUUAACUCCGACGAAGGUAUUGUCAAUUUUGUUUUCUCUCAAAAAUCAGACUCUGGAAAAGUGUACAUUGCUGAAGGUAUUCAAGACGUUCUAAAGAAUUGUUAUUUGCAGAAAGUGGAUGGUAUUGAAAACGUUACUGUUGUGCCUACUAACGAGGGAUAUGAUCUUUCAAUUGAAGGUUUCAACUUCCAUGCAUUACACUCUUUACCUGCAUCUCACGAAUUAUUGGACAUGAAUCGUCUUGUGACGAAUAAUGUUAAUAUUAUGGCUGACUAUUAUGGUAUUGAAUCUGGCUACAGCUUGAUUGUGAGAGACGUCAAACAUGUGUUCGAGAUGUAUGGUAUGGAUGUGAGCGCUGCUCAUAUUGAACUCAUUGCUGAUUAUUUAACAUCUCGUGGUUUCUAUUCCUCGUGCAACAGACAUACCCUGAAAAAUAGUCCAUCCACCUUCUACCGAUCUUCAUUCGAACAAGCUUGUCAAAAUCUUUUGAAGGCUGCUGUUCGAAAUGAAACUGAUCAAUUAAUAUCUCCUACAGCAAGAGUUGCUAUGGGAACACCAGUCAAGUUUGGUACUGGUUCCUUUGACUUGCUUAUUCCAAACAAAUAG